AUGUGCAUUUCAGUUGACUUUGGUUAACUUUUUAUUUCAAAGAUUGGUCUUAAAUUUUACUUUUGCAUUGCAAUACACUACUGCACUAUUUUGUCCUGUGGGGUAUAUACGUAAUAUAUACGAUAACUCUAUCCAACAUUCCUUAAUAUACUUUUUUUGUGAAAGAGUGUACGACCUGGAUUUCUGUACAUUGAUAACCCAAACAUCUCAUUACACAGUCAUCAUGAGCAGGAACUACUUGUCCAAAAAUGAUGAGCUCCGUAAGGGAGACUUCCUACUAUCCAACAACCGAGAGUGGAAAGCUGUCUUUCAGGACGAUGGCAACUUUGUGAUCUACGGCUGGAAGCCCAUGUGGUCUUCAGACACGGCCGGCCCCAACCCUCACCGCCUGUGCAUGCAGGGAGACUGCAACCUGGUGAUGUACACACAGGAGGACUCCCCCAUGUGGCACACCAACACCUUUCAGACGAGCUGCAAGAUGUGCCGGAUCCACCUAAAAGACGACGGCAUCCUUGUGCUGGAGAAGGACGGAGUAGACAUCUGGAGCUACGAAUCCUCCGGCAUGAAAUGAAUGAAGUCACAAAGAGUGAAGCUUUUUUUUAAAGUCUGCUACUACAGUGCAUACAUCUCUGACUGUCUGAAUUGGGCAAUCUCGUAACUUUUUAUGUGUAACCAAUAAAACAGUCUGUCUCUUUUAA